AUGGACACAGGAAACAAUACAGGAAUUUCAGAGUUCCAGCUUCUGGGAUUUUCAGAGAAACCAGAACUGCAGCCCAUCAUAUUUGGGCUUUUCCUCUCCAUGUAUCUGAUCACUGUGUUUGGAAACCUGCUGCUAAUCCUGGCCGUCAGCUCAGACUCCCACCUUCGCACACCCAUGUACUUCUUCCUGGCCAACCUGUCCUUUGUAGACAUCUGUUUCACCUCCACCACCAUCCCCAAGAUGCUGUGGAACAUCCAGACUCAGAACAAAGUCAUAACCUAUGCAGACUGCAUCACGCAAAUGUACUUUUUCAUACUGUUUACAGGGCUAGACAUCUUUCUCCUGAGUGUGAUGGCCUAUGACCGCUUUGUGGCCAUCUGUCACCCUCUGCACUACACGGUCAUCAUGAACCCCUGGCUUUGUGGACUGAUGGUUCUGGUAUCCUGGAUCCUGAGUGCCUUGCAUUCCUUGUUACAAACUUCAAUGGUGUUGCGGCUGUCCUUCUGCACAGUCUUGGAAAUCCCCCACUUUUUCUGUGAAAUCAAUCAGAUGAUACAUCUUGCGUGUUCUGACACCUUUCUCAAUAACAUGGUGAUAUAUUUUGCAGCUAUGUUGCUGGCUGGUGGUCCCUUCCUUGGGAUCCUUUACUCUUAUUCUAAGAUAGUCUCCUCCAUACUUAGGAUCUCAUCAGUUCAGGGCAAGUAUAAAGCAUUUUCCACCUGUGCAUCUCACCUCUCAGUUGUCUCCUUAUUUUAUUGUACGAGCCUAGGAGUGUACCUUAGCUCUGCGCAAGUGCAGUGGCCCCACGCAAGUGCAGUGGCCUCGGUGAUGUACACGGUGGUCACGCCCAUGCUGAACCCCUUCAUCUACAGCCUGAGGAACAAAGACAUAAAGGAGGCUCUGGUGAGGCUUUUGUGUGUUGACAGCUCUAAAAGGGCCAAUCUUCAUGGGGCUGAAGAAGUCCCCACAAUUGCAGGGCCGAAAUCCUGA